ACGUUUUGAAAACAGAUGAGUGAAGAAGGGAACGAAGACCAGAAGCUGCAGCGACCUGCUCCUCGUCUUAACGAGAGGAUUCUCUCAUCCUUGUCAAGACGUUCUGUAGCUGCACAUCCAUGGCAUGAUCUUGAGAUUGGACCUGGAGCUCCACAGAUUUUCAACGUGGUUGUGGAGAUCACAAAAGGAAGCAAGGUCAAAUAUGAACUUGACAAAAAGACAGGACUCAUCAAGGUUGAUCGUAUUCUGUACUCAUCAGUUGUGUACCCUCACAACUACGGUUUUGUUCCUCGCACAUUGUGUGAAGACAAUGACCCAAUUGAUGUAUUAGUCAUCAUGCAGAUAUAA